GCCGGGCUGUACACGGGGCUCAUGUCCAUCGUGGUGGCCAUCUUCUGCGGCUGGCGGCUGGUCGUCAACGCCCGACAGAAGGAGUCGCUGCAAGACGUCUACUGGGGCGUGCAGGUCUCCUACCUGGCCAACCUGGGCUGCCAGGUCGCCACCCUGUUCUUCAGCACCAUCCUCAUCGCGGCCGUCAACAAGGAGAACGCGCCCAUGAUCGUGCCCUGGGUGAUCGGCACCAUCGCCUUCCUGGCCAUGGAGGCCGUCGGCACCGUCUACUCCAACGUGCUGCGGGACCACGUCAACCACGAAUUUGACACCCUCUGCAAAAUCGAAGCUUCAUUCCUUAUCUGCCGAGGAGCCAUAGACUGCCUGGCGCUGUACGCGGUGCUGCGCGUGUACCGCGCCCUAAGGACGGGCGUCCGCUUCAGCGGCCCGGAGCAGGUGGAGCUCUGAUGGCGGGUGGCGCGGGGCAGGAGAGGGGAGGAGGCCGGCGGCGGCGGCCCCGGCACCAGCGCGUCCACCUCCGCCACCAUCGUGCACUUCCACCGGGGCGGCGGCCGCGUGCACCGCCACCACCGCCUCCUCGACGAGUCGUCGCGGCCCGACUCGCCCUCCACGGGGCUGAGCUCGCCGGGCAGCAGCGAGUACGGCGGCGGCGACCGGGUGCCCAACGCGGACAGCGACUCGGAGACGGCCGCCAUGCUCGAGGACGACGACGACGAGCAGGUGACCGCCCUGUAAAGGAGGCAGGCGGCGGACACCGACCUGAAGAAGACUGCAAACAGCGCCAAAGCCCGCAAGAUUUUAAAAACGCAAAAAAGAAAGAACACAAACAGAACUGUCACAAACUAUUUUAUUAUUAUAAGAAUUAGCUUCCCUCUAUGACUGUCGUGUAGAUUGACUCUUCUUGACGGAGGGGGACAGAGGUGUGCCAUGGAGGGGGAGGGUCAAGCUCGUGGCCGAUGAGCGCUUAGGAGGCGACAGGGGCGCGCCAGCGCGCCGUAUGGGGAAGAGGGUGCUUUUGACUUUUGUUUUAAGAUUAGCUGCCUUAGGUGGUAUGUUUGGUUUCUACGAAGUAGUGCUUUAAAUGUUAAUUAAGCAACGUGGUAUUUUUUUUAAAAAAAAAUACCGGCUUACCAAAAAUGCACUUCUUUGUGCGAGUUUUAGGUAGACUGAUGUAAAAUUGUAACCAGCUUUUCGCAUAAAAUAUGUGAAGCUGUUAAACUCACGUUCUUAUUAGUGCUUGGUUUUAAUUGAUGUGUUGUUGUUUCUUUUUGUGUGUUUCUUUUUUAAGGUAGGUGCCCCGAUUCUAUGUAAUAAACCUGUACUCCCCGAAA